AUGGAUACCCGAGUCGACACGCUGUCGGGCCGCUUUGGCGGGCAAUGGGCCUUUCUCUCCUCGCCGCCCACCGCUGGAUCACGGUCUGUGCCACACUCGUCCAGCUAUUUACGAAGCGACCGCAGCAAUAUCUCCCCGCUGCCCACGGCGCUGCACUUCCACCAGCUCAAUGCUUCUCGUUCCAGCCUCCCGCGGCACGCCCACGCCGCGUCGGUCGGUGAUCGCAGCUCAACUACCACGAUACCCACUCACCCGGUCCUCGUUCGAGUCCACUCCGCCGAUCCCAUCUUGCAAGUUCGACCCACGAGACGGCCAGCGAGACCCCGUCGGAGGCCUGGAAACGGAAGCAUGGAUCUGCCUGCCGAGGAAGAGUUCAGCAUACGAGGGAUCUUGGCGGCCAUCGCAGAGGACAUCGAAGACGACGUCGAUGCGAUAGCGGAGAUACUCGGGCGGAGUCGGCUGGUGCUGGCAGAUCAACAUGAGAGCCACAUGCCUCCACAGGGCGAGAUCAGAGCUAUAAGCAGUUCCUUGCAAGCCGUGGCAGAGGCGAGCGCGAGCAAUGAGAGGCUGGCCGCCGCCUCCGAUGACGUUCUCAUCCUACAAGAAGACGCCAGCCUCGUCGAAGGGAGCCAUACCGGCUCUGCUGCGUAUGGUCUGCUCGAGAGGCUACAGAUCGUGCCGGCCUCGAGACGGAUGAGGAGUGAAAUUCCCAGAACGGCGGGCUCGAGACCCGCCACAGCGUCUGUCCGACACUAUUCGGCACCUCCAACACUGCCUGUCGUGCCGGCGGCUGCUGAGGAUAUGGGCGUGUCUACAAAUACUUCGCUGCCACAGUCUUCGCGACGGCUGCUCCAAAGUCACAUGGAGGGGGACAAACUGCAAGACGCCCAGCCAAGGACAACAGAUGCCGUGGUAGCGGAAACAUACUUGUCCGCUGCAGCAAACGCAGUCACUGUAUCUGAUCCACCGGUCGUGUCUGAGGCUGGUCGACAUUACCCCCUGUACAGCUACGACUACAGUGAGCUGUUUGAGGGACCGAUAAAUUCUCCUCCACCAGUCCGAAUGACCUUGCGUGAAAGACUGCAGUCGUUUAUCCCGCACAUCGAUCUGCCAAAUCUUGUGUCAUGGGUCCACGGACACGAUACACAGGUUAUCAGCGCGGAAUCACAGCUUCGAGAGAUUCUACACAGACAGCGACCCGUGAGGGGUCCGAGCAGCAACCAGGGAGAGACUGUGGAGAGUCCGGAGAUGUACGAAUGA